AAAACGCCCGCUCUGGAUUUCUCUCUCCCAAGUAGAGGUGAGACUAUUCCAUUUGCCAAACACGAAAAAAAUUGACAGAAAAAGCCAAAUGCAAUCGGAUUUCAAGUCCGCCCUCGAAACGUUCACAAGGAAGAGAGAGAAGGUAGACGCUGCCGGUGGUUUGAAACCGCUCCUCUGCGGUGGUCUCCACGAUUAGUUACGCUGUGAACGAGUGGUCGUGGAUGGGCCAGUCAGCUUCGGCGGCAGCAAUUCCAAGCCGCCGUGAAAACAAUCACAGACAUCGAUCUAAGUCCAAAGCAACGGCCCUGAUCUCCCCGAUGCUAGCCGCGGAUGAGGUCGUUGAGUCAGUAACCGACUACAUCUCCGAUCUGCCGGAUGAAUGCUUGGCUUGCAUUUUCCAGUCACUCGGCUCCGGCGACCGGAAAAGAUGCUCUCUGGUCUGCCGGCGGUGGCUGACGGUCGAGGGACAGAGCCGUCACCGCCUCUCCCUCAACGCGCACGCGGAUCUACAGCCCGUCAUCCUUUCCCUCUUCUCUCGGUUCGACGCCGUCACCAAACUCGCUCUGAAAUGCGACCGCAGAGCCACCAGCAUCGGCGACGAGGCGCUCGCUCUCAUCUCGCUGCGGUGCCGGAACCUCACGCGCCUGAAGCUGCGCGCGUGCCGCGAGUUGACCGACGCAGGCAUGCUGGCGUUUGCGAAAAACUGCAAGGCUUUGAAGAAGCUCUCCUGUGGAUCGUGCACCUUCGGAGCCAAGGGAAUGAACGCCGUGCUGGAGAAUUGCUCGGCGCUGGAAGAGUUAUCGGUGAAGCGGCUCCGUGGUAUUGGGCCGGACGGUUCCGCAGUGGAGCCCAUUGGGCCGGGCGUCGCUGCCUCGUCGCUCAAGACGAUUUGCCUGAAAGAGCUUUACAAUGGACAGUGUUUCGGGCCGCUUAUAAUCGGCGCAAAGAAUCUGAGGACUCUGAAGCUUUUCAGGUGCGGUGGGGAUUGGGAUAAGCUUCUUCAAGUGAUAGCAGAGCGAGUCACGUCUAUGGUUGAAAUCCAUCUGGAAAAGCUUCAGGUUAGCGACGUUGCGCUGGCCGCAAUCUCCAAUUGCUUGGAUCUGGAAAUUUUACACCUGGUCAAAACGCCGGACUGCACAAAUGUAGGUCUGAUUUCGGUCUCGGAACGCUGCAAGCUCUUGAGGAAGCUUCACAUUGACGGCUGGAAGUCAAACCGUGUGGGAGAUGAAGGCUUGAUUUCGGUGGCCAAGAGUUGCCCCAACCUUCAGGAAUUGGUUCUUAUCGGCGUGAAUCCAACCAAAGCGAGCUUGGAAACGUUGGCGGCAAAUUGCCCCAAUCUGGAGAGGUUGGCAUUGUGCGGGAGUGAUACAGUAGGCGAUCCGGAGCUUUUGUGCAUUGCUGCGAAAUGUGGAGCAUUGAAGAAGCUUUGCAUUAAGAGCUGCCCUGUGUCUGAUGUUGGCCUCGAAGGACUGGCCAGUGGGUGCCCUAAUAUGGUGAAAGUGAAGGUUAAGAAGUGUAGGCUAGUAACACCCGAGGGUGCUGAUUCUUUGAGGGCAAAGAGGCCUACAUUGGCUGUGAAUUUGGACACCGGUGAGCCUCCACAAGACGCCAGUGCCAGUGACGGAGGGGCACAAGAUAACCCUGCUGUCGAAUUCCUUCCGCUGGCCACACAACCAGUGUUUCCUGACAUUGCUUCAAGCAGUACAGGGAGGUCUGCGUCCUUUAAGUCAAGGUUAAGCCUUUUAUCUGGAAGGACCCUUGUGGCUUGCACUCUGAGAAGGUGGGUAAGUCGGAAUAGUUAGUAUUAUUGAACAGAAAACCGAACAGAAGCUACCAGACCAAAAAAAAAAAAAAAAACUUGUUCCUUGUUCAUUGUCAUUUUAUUGCUGUAUUGUUUAUUUUGAUUCUGACCUUUAUAAACUCGAUUCUGUGUGCUGUUCAUUGCCUUUGGUCAAUUCAAUCUUCACAUUGUUUUUUUGUCA